AUGAGAUACAAAUAAGGUGUAAUUUUAUUAUUACUUCUUAUUGCUAUUACAAGCACACGUUCAGAUGAUUAAAGUCCUGAUAACAUUAGGACUGAGCAGAUAAAAAUAGGAAAGUAAAUAGAUGACAUUUUAUCUGAGAACUAGCUCGCAGCUUAUUAUAAAUUAGAGCUGGAAAAGAUACAUUCAAAUUAGGAUCUAGUUGUUGUUGUAAAAGGAAAAACUCCUUUUGAUGAUCCUGAAGUUAGAUUAGCAUAUGCCGUAUAGGAUUUUGUGAAUGAAUAACCUGAAAGCAAAGUAUACACUUGUUAAAAUGUUGGAAGAGAAAUCUGUAUUAUCCCAGGAGAAGAUUUAAUAGAAAAAAAGAAGUCUUAAGAACAAAUAAAGGUCUACAUAGAAGUAACUUAGAGAAGUGGUGAAAACUGCCAUUAUGUAAUUGAAGUAGAAUAUGAGGAAAAGCUUGUCUAUCAAUUUGGUAAAGAAUAUACAAUCUAGCUUAAGUAAGAUAUGUAUAAGUAGAUAGCGCUUAAAUUUGAUAAUAUUGAAACUUCAGAACUAAGUAAUAUAUUUGCUUCAAUCAUCCCUCUUGAGCAAGGUCUAAUAAAUGAUAAAAUAGAAUUCAGCGCUAAAUAAGGCUCUAUAGUGAUUAAUGGUAUUUCUAUUUGGGAAAACGGACUAGGGUUAGCUAUUAGAAAUUAAAAAUUUACAAAAGAUUCUGAAAUCUAAUUUACAAUUUAUUCUUCUAGUCAGCAGUCAUUCUUAUUUUAAACAACUUCAACAAAAGCAAGUAUUUCGUUGGAGCUUUAAGAAAUAAGUAAGGGAUAUCUUUUUUAAGAAGAAGUAGCUACUUAUAAAAUCGAUUUAAAUAAAGCUAAGUAAAAAAAUCAUGAAAAUUUUGAUUUAAUAUUGAAUAUUCACCCUUACUUUGGGAGAGCUACUAUUCAAGUUUUCACCAAGGAUAGAUAUUAAGAAAAGGCAGAUCCGAACUGGACAUUUGAAGCUUGGGGUAGUGAACAAAUAGUUUUAAAAGCUUAGGAUAGAUUAAAAUACACCAAGCAGGAUGAUUUCUAUUAUAUAAAAGUCAUAGCAAAAACUGAAUUAACAUAUUCCUUAAAAGCCUAUUUAUUUGACAAAGAUUAGCUAACCAUUGAAUUCCACGAUAGUGUGGUAGGUUUAAAUUCUAAAGAUGAGCUGACCAAUUACUUGUUAAAAAUAGUGUCUGUUGAUGUAAUUUAGGUAAGAGUUAUGUUAUUCAAUAUUGCUGGUGAUAAUGAUAUUUUCAUUAAGAAAUGUGAAACUUAGAAAAAUGUUAUUUGCAAAGUUACUGAAAAAGAAAUUAAAGAUUAUGAAAAAAGCGAAAAUAAAGAUAACAAAAAUAUUUUUAUUGCUGUGAAAGUUGGUGAUUCUAAGAGAGAAUUUAUUACAUUCACUCAUAAAAGCGCGUGUGAAGAUAAAACUUCUUGCAAAUAUGUGAUUGCUUUAAAAGGAACUACAGAUAGUGAAAAUAAAUAUGCUUUAAGAGUAGGUAACGAUGCCUAGCAUGUUCUCUUGCAAAAUAAUAUCCCUUUUAAAGACUAAAUAGCAAAAUUUGAUAUUAACUUUUAUAAAUUUGUUUCUCCAGCAGUAGGAACAAUUGAAUAAAUAGACUUUAUUAUAACACCUUUUUUAGGAUCAGCUAUGGCUCGUGCUUCUACAUUAAGCUAAUAUCCUAGGAUGCAUGAUUUCGAAAAGUAAAGUAAUGAAUAAAAAGUAAUUACUUAUACAAAAAAAGACUAUAAUUUAUCAGAGAAAACAUUCUACUUAAGUGUCUUUGGAGAGACAGACGCAAUUUUUACUAUAACUCCUCACAUCACAUUUGAUAAAAAUGAAAAUUUUGACUAGGAACCUGGAAUACUUAUUGUUGAUGGUAUUAAAUAAGUUAUAGUAUUUAGCUAAAAAUAGCCUAAGAAAUACUUCUACUUAAAAGUUCCUGUUGAUAGCAACAACAAAGUUCCAAAGUUAUCAUUAAACCUAUUAACUACUUAAGGAGCAUAUUAUAGAGUUUAUCUAGAUUCAAGCUAAAAGAUCAUUCAAGAAACUCCUGAAAAUGCUAGAUUUAAAAAUUAGGAAGUUGACACUUAAAUAACUAUAUAAGAUGGUACUCUUGAAGGAGAAAUGCUUUUAUUUGGCAUGAUUUAAUCUCUCCAUCAAAACAAAGAUGAAAAUGAGUUAAAUAGUCUAAUUUUAUAUUAUCACACAGACUUUGUAGCAUUUUAAUUUGAAUUGAAUUUGUCUCAUGUUCAUUUAUUCCAUAAAAAGAAAACUUAAUACUUUUCAUUUUAAAUAAAAAAAAACACUAAAUAUUAUAUUUCAGUUAUCACUAAUGCUAAGGAAUAAUACAAUCUAGAUUUUUAUCUUUCUCUUGAUAAUAGAAUAACCAAGCCUAAUAAUUAGCAUAACACUGCUAAAUUCAAAGCCUUUGAAGGAUUUGUUAUUGAUUAAGAUUUAUUGGAUAGGUAUUGUCCUUUUCUCAAUUAAGAAAUAAAAGAAGAUUAAUAGUCAUGCAAUGUUGCUCUAGCUGGUUAUGCUUACACAGAUGUUCUUGCUACUAUUACUAUAUCUAAUGAUGGAUCAAUCUUCUAACUAUUUGAAGGUAUUAACUUCAGAACUGCUCUGCCUCUUCCUAAUGAAUUCAGCUAUUUCUUCCAUGAUAUAAUGCCUGGUGUAGAACAUACUAAAAUAGAAGUAACAUCAAGCUCUUCACAUUUGCAAAUUUAUGCUCGUAUUUAUGUGAUAAUUAAAGAUACAUAAGAUUUAAUACUGAAAAAAUAGAAUUUCCCUACUAGUUAAAGAUCAGAGUAUUAAUCUAAUUUGGAUAUAUUUAGCCAAUAAUCUGCAAUCAUCCAAAUUCAUUCAAAAGAUAAAGAAGGUUGCUAAAUGAAUACGUGCAAAGUGCUUAUAACAGUUGACAAUUUAGACAAAAAGGUGAAUGAAAAUAAAUAAGAAAACUAUAUGAAUUUACUUGUUACUAAUGAUAAAAGUGUUUUAGAAUUAGUAGAAGGAAAAGAUUUUCCAAUUUCAAACGAAGCUAAUCAAAUUAAUUACUUUAAAUAUUACGUUGGAUCAGAUAUUAAAAAUUUAAAAUUUGAAUUGCUUAUUAAUGAUAAUGAAUAAAAUAAUCAAGAAUAGUUUGGAUAUAACUAUAUCUUAGUUUCAAAUAGCACUCAAGGUCUUCCUACUUUUCAAACCAACAAAUAUUUAGAUAUUAUGAAUAAUAUGAUUGAUAUUAGACCUGAUGAUAAUUAAGUUUAUAUUAGCUAAGGUAUGUACUAUUUUGGUGUUAUGCUCAGCUAUAAUUACCAUAAUGUUUUUGCUAGAUUAACUUCUAACCAGAAUUAAAUAAUCAAUCUAAGUUUAGAUGGUAUUUAAAGGAUAAUAUCCCUACAAUCUUAAGAGGUAGCUUAUACAGUGUUUAGCUUACAUGAAGAAAACAAUAAAGCUUCCUUUGAAUUUUUUAUUCUCAACCCUAAUUCUGAAUACAAAAUAACUCUUUAUGCUGAUAAUCUAUAUCAAAGAAUUAACGGAAUAAGAGAGAUUGAAGAUAUUGUGAAGAGAAACUAAGUAGUAGGGUAAAUGAGCAAAGAUAUUCACAGAAUUUAAUUCUCUCACGAUAAAAAAAAUUAUCAUUACGUUGCUAAAAUAGAAAGCUAAAUAAGAUAGAAAAUUACCUUCUUGCUAAGAGCAGAGGAGACCAUUUAGGCUUUAUUAAACGGAUCUUAUUUUAAGGAUGUUAUUUAACCCAAGAAGAUGAGAAUAUUUGAUUUGUAAUCUGAAAAAUGUAUUGUAAAGCUAACUAUAUUUUCAGGUUAAAUUUAAAUUUCCCUAAUUAAUCCACAAGACAGGAAAGGUGCAGAUACUUCCAGUUGGCUUGAAAAAAAAGAAGUUAUUCAUCAGAUUACAUUUAGUAAAGAAUGGAAUAAUGUAUUAGAAAUACCUAUUUAAAAAAGUCAAAAUAGAACAUCAAAUGAUCUGCUAUUAAUUGAAAACUUAAAUGAGAAAAAUGAUGCUUUUUACUUUAUUGAAAAUAUUGAUAUUGAUUAUUACAAAAAGUUUGACCCUAAUCUUUUGCCAGGUCACCCUCGUUCUGGGUCUCUUAGACAAGGUGAUUCAGUAUCUUACAGCAUAUAAAAUCUUGGUUUAGUUAAAACAGUUUUUAAGCUGUCCAUAUUUUUCCCGUCAUUCCACUUUAGAGAAUAAUUUAAUUCAGAUAUAAACAUGCCUAAUGUUACACUUAGUGCUUUAAAGGCUAAUGCAGAGUUUAACAUAAUUGAUUAAAAGCGUACAUAAAGUUAAAUUUACUUUGAAUUUGAAAUAAAUCAAGGUACAUGCUAACUUAAUAUUACUAAGAUGAUUGAGGAUAAUAGUUUGAGUAACUUAGAUGAUGACUUUUAGAGUAUCUUAGAAUACGUAGUUAGUUUAGAUACAUAAGGAAUUAUGCAUGUAAUAGAUGAUGUGAAAUACUAUUAGACACAAUCAUCAAAAUUCGUAAAUACAUUCGAAUACUUCAGAGAGUGGGGAACACCUUUUAUAGUUGAAAUAUUUGACUGUGCUGGAGACACAACUUUGGCUUUAUCUGAAAGCUUAGCUGCUGUAAAAGAAUUUAGCUCUGACUUGGUUAUGCGUUAGAAAAAUUUCGGAAACUAUAAAUUUUACACAUUUUCAACUUUCGAUGCUUAAAAACAAGAAGAAGAAGAUUAUAACAACAACCCUGAGGAUGAUUUUAUAGCCAAAUCAAGUAUACUAUAUAUAGGUGCAAAACCUCGUUCAUUAGAUCCUAAAACAAAAAAAGCUGAGUACAUAAUAAGAGCUAUUUCUUUCCCUUCUGAUAAUCACUAAGCUUUUAUGCUACCAUUUGAUUCAUUUUACAUAAAAAAUGACUCGAUUUUAGUUGAAGAAAUAGGUGAAUAAUCAAAUAAAGGACUGAGAUUUUCAGCUUAAAAUAUCCGAUGUGAGUAGGGUUGCUUGUAAAUUCGUGCUAAAGUUAAUUAUGUAACUUAUGAGCUUUAUCUUGCAAGUUCACUGCAUUCUCUAUAAGAAUAUUCAGUUUGCCAUACAAAUUUAACCAAUUAUAAAGACUUAAAUUAAUAAUAUUUUACUUAAGCUGAGUCUAAUAACGGAUUUUUGUUGAUAAGAAAAGCUGUUAAAAGUUUAGGAUUAGCCGAAAAAGCUAAUUCUUAAGCAACUUUCAAUGUUACAAUAAGUGAAUUAACAAAUAAACCUACAGAACUUUACUACACAAUAGUUGCAACAGUAAACAUUAAAGAGUACGGGUCACAGAAAUCAUAAAAUGUUCCUAUAUUCUAUAAAAAAGAAAAACUUUCUAACGGCUGGUAUAAAAAUUGUGUAGAGUGCUAGAACAUGAAAAAAGAAAUUGAAAAAGAUGAAUAAGAAAAAGAAAAUAAGAAUUUAGAAGAAAAUAAUGAAGAAUCUUCUGAAUCAAACUUUUAUUCUAUAAGUCUUAUUUUUAUUUUUAUUUUACUUGGAAUAAUUGGUCUAUACUCUUUAUAUAGAAUAUUCGUUUAUUGUAAAAAUAAAGGUCACUACUCUCUCAAAAAUAUAUUCUCAAAUACUGCAAGUAGUUUUGAACUAAAUUAGUAUCAUCAGCAUGAUUCAUAUAACUGA